AUGACCUCUGGUGAAGUGUCCGUGCAGAGCACCGAGAACCCGAAAUGCGUGCAUGUGAAAGAGAUUCGACGUUCGGCCCUGCAAGUAGAAGAAAAAGAAGAAGAUGAAGGUUUGACAAAAUCACUGGAACAACUAUCAAGAGCAUUCGGAGACGCGAACGCUGAGGAUGCCGACGAGGCUGACAACACGCCUGACGGCAUAGUGACCGAUGUUGACGGAGCGGUCAUGGUUACAUGUGCUGGUGAUGAAGUGGCUAACUCAAAGCUUCAGGCUUGCAAAGAGGGUAUUGAAGAAGACGACAUUCCAGCGAAGGAGCGUGAUCUGGAGACAAAAGCUGUCAAGUGGUCCCUACGAAGGGCCCACCGCAAAGGGAUACCAGAGCAAGGCUGGAUCGUUGAUCUUGACAGGCGUGUUUGCGGCUGCAAAUAUUUCGGUAAGAUGCUAUCCUGUGCUCAUAUUAUUGUUGCCGAGCGUACCCGUGGGUUAAACGGUAGCAGGCAUGAUCCAGCGGCGAAGCUGAAAAAUCGGAUCCAACGAACGAAACUGGGUGAAAAGGCACAAGGUAAAACCAAGAAGAAGCCGGCCAAAUCUCGACUUGCACCCAGCCUUGCCAGUCGUGCGCUGGCCGAACGUCCUCCGAGAGCCUCAUCGGCCCUGGACGUUCAGUUCAUUCUAAACUAG